UCGAAAGCCGAAGCGGAGCGGAGAGGCCAACCCCACCCCACCGGCAGCGGAGCCAUGGGGAGGCCACGAGCGACCCCCGCCGCCGCCUCCAGGCCGAGGCGCAACCCCAAGCCGAAGCAGGACCCCUCCUUCCUCUCCCCGCUCGCGUCGCCGGCGCCCGCGUCGCGCACCCGCACCCGCACCCGCAAGCGCCCCGUCCGUGGCGGCGCUUCCUCCCCCGCGUCGUCGUCCCCGGGCUCCUUCCCCGCCGACCUCGACAUCAGCUUCCUCUCCUCGCCGGGCUCCUCCGCCUCGCCCCCGAAGCCCAGGGCACGGGCCAAGCCCGCCGCGCGCUCGCCCCUCGUCGCCACCCCCCGCGUCGCCGCCGCCUCCCCUUCCCCUUCGCCCGCCGCGUCUCCCCAGCCCGCGCCGGCGGCUGGGGCGUCCAGCGUCGGAGACCUCAGGAGCGCCAUCGCCUCGCAGAUGGAGGACCUCAAGCGCCGCCUGGACGCGCUCCACUCCCGCGCGCAUGCCGACCUCGACGCGUCCUUCUCCCGCGUCUCCAAGCGAAUCAAGACCCAAAACCAGAGCUGUCAGCAACUAACAGAUGAAGUUGACAAGGAAUACAAGAAGAUGUCUGAUAAUAUAAAAGAAAGUUCUGAGAUUGUCAAGGCAAAGUUCAAGCAGAUCAUCGCAGAGGCACAGUCAUCCACGACUUGUGUGUGCAAGGUGACUAUCCCUGAGAUGAUAAAAUCUGUGGAGAAAGCUAUUGAUGGUCUGCGUAGCCGUUAUAAUAUCACAAUGCCAGCUUAGUUACCAGUUUAAGUUCUAUUCAUUACACUUCUGAAUAGCCUUCUUCACAUCAAUGGGACCGAUGAUCCUUGUGUUCAGGAUGGUGUGGUCGUUUUUUCGACAUUUGUAGAUAAUCAGUAGAGUGCAGGCAGCAUAGAAACAUCGGAUGGUAGUUCAUCAGCAUAGGAAAAAGCAUGUAAUAUCAGUAUCUUUAUCCAAUUUUCCCCCUCGACUUUGAGAAGUAUUCAGUCAGUUGCGAAGCAGCCCAUCGUAUGCUAAACUGUUGUCCCCCCUGUCAACACCAGCGUAAUGUAAUGCUUACUACUCCAUAGUUAUUUUCCUGAAGAUGAAGAUCGAGGAUGAGCUUUUCUAUGAC